AUGUUCGUCGACAACGACCGUGGUAGGCGGUCGAAGGAUAUGACGGCUCCGGUGGUCGGGGCGCCGAGGUCAGCUGCGAGCACAUUUUAUUUAUUCGAGCGGGCACAGAAUGGGCCAGAGAGUCGGGCUGACACCGACAACCUCCUCAGCUACUACGAAUCCCCUCUCGCAGACAAGGGCCUUGUGUCCUCCUCCUCGUACUCAUCAUCAUCAGACUCCAGCUGCAGCCAGUAUUCCAAAGAGUCUCCAGUCGCGUCACCACGUCGAACCGAAGAUACUGCGGUCCGGCAGCACAUGCCCGUCAACAGAUCCCAGUCUGACGCCCACGAUAUCACGCCCUCCUCGUCCAUGCCAGACACCGACGUUACCUUCUCACCCGAAAACCCUGCUUCAUAUCUCAACUACCAGCCCGGUCUACAUGCAACCGCAGGUCCAUUGCCCCCGCCCCCAAGACUGGAUCCACCUCCACGUUCAUCACGACGACGGGCCGACAUUGAAGCAGUGAAACAGGCACUCCAGCUCCCUCCGUCCGUCUCUGCAGCGUUAUCGAAACGGGCAGCCGCAUCAUCCCAUCGACGAGAGGGCGCGUCAGACUCGGAGCCGUCGCCGGACGUCGUCAUCCAGCCACCACCGCGCAACGACAGCCUCCCUGAAGACCGAGAAUGGGUCAGCGUCACUCCCCCGCCCUCCAAGAAGCGUGUGUCCGCCGAACUCUCCAUCUCUUCCGGCGAAGACCUCCCCCCCACACCCAGCCCUCCGCCAAAGUCCCUCCGUAACAGUCUCACCCGUGGCCUCCGGCGCAUCUCUCUCCCCAGAUCGUCACCCAGCCGGACCCCCUCCCCGCCCCAGCUCUCCCCCCGCCCACCACAAAUUAAAAUUAAAGACCUCUACCCUUCUGCCAUGUACUGCUCAGAGUUCUCCCCCAAUCUCACCACCCUCGAACGCUGUGCCCUCUACACUACAAAGAUCAAUGAACUCGCCCUCUACGACUGUGGCCUCACUGACUGGCUCUUUGAAGCUCGCCUCAGAAAUGCGUCCCCAGUCUUUACCCCGAAACUCAGGAAUGCCUCUCACGGCAGCAACGGCAGUGAAGCUACCUUUCCUCUUCGUCCAGAUGCAAGUGUCGCUACUGACCUCUCCUCACCCUCUACACCCAAUCCCACCGUUGUCCUUCCCUACCCAAACCUUCCCCCUCGAACUUCGUCCAUGAAGAGCGGCUUUUUCGCUUCUCUAGGCCGCAAAGCCAGCGUCAGUCGCACAACAGCUCCUCAGCCUCUUCGUCAGCAACCACAGCACCCUACUCCAUCGCGUUCCGUCCUCACAAAGCGACCCACCAUCUCCCCCAGCGUCCCAGGCGGUCCAAGAGCAAAGCGCAUCUCCAGGAGUCACACCAUGCUCCUUAGCCCGACCAGUACCACCACAGAGAUCCUUGCCGAGUCAACAGCCACGGCUGACUCCGACUUUGACAUCGUGACAUCCUUGCCGGAUACCUCCGACGCGCAGGCCAAGACAUGA